AACCGGGGGAACGACGACAACAAACUUCUAGAUUCCUCGCUAGUCCGUGCGUUCUUAAAUAUUUACGCAAAAAACCGAAUCGAAUAAGAACUUUAUUACGACGACGAUAACCCGGACGAACGAGAAUUAGUUAAAGGCCCCCUCGGGAUUGGCAUUAUUUGUCGCGUCGAGCAAUGGCGAGUUCGAAUCCGCAGAAUGUCAUUCGCAGGAAACUAGUCAUCAUUGGCGAUGGAGCUUGCGGCAAGACCUCUUUACUGAGUGUCUUCACUUUGGGGUACUUCCCAACUCACUACAUCCCGACCGUAUUUGAGAACUACGUUACGGAUUGCAGAGUAGACGGAAAGUCAGUACAAUUAGCAUUAUGGGAUACGGCCGGGCAAGAAGACUACGAACGAUUGCGACCGCUCGCGUACUCGAAGGCGCAUGUUUUACUAAUAGGUUUCUCGAUCGAGUCGCCAGAUUCCCUGGAUAAUGUUAAACAUAAGUGGAUAGAAGAAGCAACCGAGCGCUGCCCCGGCGUCCCCAUCAUCCUCGUCGGGCUAAAAAAGGAUCUCCGCGAUGACCCCGUAGCGAUCGAAGAGAUGCGCAAGAAGAGUCUGAAAUUCGUAACGGAACGCCAAGGGGAACAAGCCGCACAGGAGAUCGGCGCGCGCAAAUACCUCGAAUGCUCUAGUUUGAGCGGUGAGGGUGUCGACGAUGUUUUCGAAGCUGCUACUCGCGCCGCCCUGCUUACCUUCGAGAAGGGUGAGGGUGGUGGUUGCUGCGUUAUAUUAUGAAGCGGGUAUAUAACGAUGAUUAAAGCGGCAGUAGCGGUUGUUGUAAUGUGAGUGAUUGAGUAUGAGCGUACGAGCGGAUGUAUUUGCGCCUAUCUAUCGGGGACGAUAUCUCAAAAUUUUUAUUAUUAUAAAAGGGUGUAGCCAUGUGGGGGAGUUCGGCGGCAAUGAUAUCUUGAAUAUUUGUUCUUUCGUUUAUCGUCUUGGAAAGCGAGAAGGAAGGUGGAGGAAGGGAAGAGACGAGACGGAGGCGCAAUGGGAGUUGCGUGCCACACCAAAGCAAGCGAGCUUUCGGAGGUUGA